AGAACAGUUUUGGAAACGUUUUAUGAGAGCCACAAGGAUGGCAGAAGCAACGAUCCUCCACAAGUUACCGAGUCAACUUGCUCUCAACUUCUACAGCAACUCAAAGCUGAGAAGAUAUAAAGAACACUUGCAAGGAGUUUAGACACCACAAGAAGAGAAGAAGAAGAAGAAAUUAGAAAUGGGAUUUGUUAACAACAUAGGGAAAUAUCAUCUGGGAAAAACAAUUGGAGAAGGAACUUUUGCUAAGGUUAAACUUGCUGUAGAUAGCAACAAUGCGAGUUAUGUGGCAGUCAAGAUCAUUGAUAAGCAAAUGGUUGUAGAAAGCAAUCUCAAGUACCAGGUUGUAAGGGAAAUAAAAACGAUGAAAAUCUUAAAUCAUCCGAAUAUUGUUCGAAUACAUGAGGUGAUUGGCACAAAGAGAAAAAUUUAUAUAGUUAUGGAAUAUGUAUCAGGAGGACAACUGUCUGACAAGUUGUCAUAUUCCCAGAAACUAAAGGAAUCAGAGGCAAGAAAAAUGUUCCAGCAAUUGAUUGAUGCAGUGGACUACUGCCAUAACAGAGGAGUUUUUCACAGAGAUCUGAAGCCAGAGAACUUGCUUUUGGACAGCAAGGGGAAUAUGAAAGUAUCUGACUUUGGUUUAAGUGCGCUGCGUAAGCACGGUGACGUUCUAACUACUGCGUGUGGCUCUCCAUGCUACGUAGCACCCGAGCUUCUUGCAAAUAAGGGUUAUGAUGGAGCAGCCGCCGAUGUUUGGUCUUGUGGAGUAAUACUUUUUGAACUACUCUCUGGGUACCUACCUUUUGACGAUCGCAAUCUUGUCGUCUUGUAUAAGAAGAUAUGUGCAGCAGAAUACACAUUCCCAUUGUGGUUUACUGAGAGUCAGAAGAAGCUGAUAUCAAGGAUUCUUGAUCCAAAUCCUAAAAGGAGAAUAACAAUAGCAGAGAUGAUUGAAGAUGAAUGGUUUCAGACAGACUAUGUGCCUUCCUUUGGAUAUGAAUGUGAUGAGAAAAUCUACUUGGAUGAUGUUAAUGCUGCAUUUGAUGUAAUUGAGGAUGAUGCAGCAGAGACAAAAAUGCCCAAACCCUCAAGUUUCAUAAAUGCAUUCAAAUUGAUAGCUAUGUCACAUGACCUUGAUUUAUCAGGACUCUUUCAAGAACAGGAAGAUAAGAAAGAGACAACAAGGCUUGGAUCCAAGCAUACAGUAAAUGAAACCAUAAAGAAAAUAGAAGCUGCUGCAUUGGAUUUAAGCCUAACAGUUGAAAGGAUGAACAAUUUCAGGCUGAAAAUGCAUCCAAAACAAAAGAUGACUAGAUGUACCAGAUCAUGUUUUGACUUAUCAGCAGAGGUAAUUGAGGUUGCUCCCACCAAUUGUGUUGUAGAAAUAUCAAAAUCAGCAGGAGAGCUAAGAUUAUUCAGUGAGUUCUGCAAAAGCUUAUCAACUACACUCACAGAGAAAUCAAAUACAUCAUUCCAAGUCUUAGACUCAGAAGCACCAAGCAUUAUUGACAAUAACAAUCAAGAAACAAUAAGAUCAGAAAAGCAAAUUGAUAGAGAGAAAAAUGAGCUUGGAGGCUAUUCAUCAUCUUGAUUCUUACCUUCCCUUUACUCUGGCAUUCUUCAUAGCAAGUCUCUGAAGGCCAAACUAAGUAAAUUGUAAAGCUUUUUGCCUUCAUGCAAAAAAUCUGUUUUUUGCUUACUUCAAAUGCUAUAAUGCUAUGUGUUCUUUCUCAA